AUGCAAACAACAACAGUGAAGAUAAAAACACGGGAUGGCGAUAUAUUUAAUAUAGAAUGUAAGCAUGCAUACAAAAGCAUACUCAUAAAGAAUGUGUGCACAUCAACUGUAUGUAGCUAUCCAAUACAUAUACAGCUCUCCUCAAAGGUAUUCAAAACAAUAAGCGGAUAUAUGCAAGUUGACACCUCGCAUCUAUCUGAGAAGUACAAUCCGCUUGAAAUCCGAUUCAAGCAGUACGAUCUUGACUUCUUCAACAUUUAUAGUGACGAGCACUUACUAGAUAUAUGCAAUGGUGCAAAUUACCUUGACUAUCCAUGCCUGCUAGAGCUUUGUUGUAAGCUUAUUGCUGAAAGGAUAAAGUACAAAACUGUAGAAGAACUCAGGGAGUUUGUUGGCAUGGGCCGUGGGAUGUCGCCUGACGAAGCCUGCGAGAUAGAAAAGGAGUUUGGGUGGAUGUCUUCUGAAGAAUAA